UUGUCGCAGUUGCUAUUCUUUGCUAAACAAUAACGAGAAAAUUGAUAUAAUCAACUAUUUUUAUCACAUUUCUCUGAAAUUGGCGAAAAUCAUAAAAUCAGAAAUACUAAUUAUUUAGGUUAACUAUUUUGAUAAUGUGAUAUUAAGUGAACCCAUGGCUUCCAAUGUGCAAGAUUCACCUGUAUAUCAGCAGACGUUCGUUGAGGAGAUAGAUUAUAAUGAAAUUCAAGAGUUAACGGUCGUUGGAAAGGGAGCAUUUGGAGUGGUAUGGAAGGGCCUAUGGCGGAACAAAUUUGUGGCUGUUAAACAUAUAAACUCAGAAGUUGAAAGGAGAGAGUUCGCUAUCGAAGUCCGUCAGCUGUCGCGUGUUUCACAUCCCAAUAUUGUAAGGCUGUAUGGCGCUUGUACUCAAGGGGCUCAGGUUUGCCUUGUUAUGGAAUAUGCAGAAGGUGGCUCACUAUACAAUGUUCUACAUAAUCGUCCGAAGCCUAAAUACUCAGCAGCUCAUGCUAUGAGCUGGGCCAGGCAAUGUGCAGAGGGUGUAGCCUACCUUCAUGCAAUGAAACCUAAACCAUUGAUACAUAGAGAUUUAAAGCCGCCAAACCUUUUGUUAGUUGCUGGUGGACAAAAACUUAAAAUAUGUGAUUUUGGUACUGCAGCCGAUAAAGCUACUUAUAUGACAAAUAAUAAAGGCAGUGCAGCAUGGAUGGCUCCAGAGGUCUUUGAAGGGUCAUCAUAUACAGAAAAAUGUGAUGUUUUUUCAUGGGGUAUCAUAUUAUGGGAAGUAUUAUCUAGAAGAAAACCUUUUGAAGAAGGAGGCUCUGCAUUUCAAAUUAUGUGGGCAGUACAUACAGGUCAGCGGCCAGUUCUUAUCGAAGGUUGUCCAGAACCUAUAGAGCAGUUGAUGACACAAUGCUGGCAUAAAAUACCAGCAGAGAGACCUAGUAUGGUUAAGGUUGUGGAAAUAAUGGCAGCUUUAAGUGAAUUCUUCCCCGGUGCCGAUACACCAAUCAAUUACGACGAUCUCGAAGCUGACGACUCUGAAUAUUUAGAUGACGACUUCGGUCCAUACAGCACCCACGACAGCUUCGAAACGGAGAGCAUCGUCCAGAGCCACAACGCCAACUUCAACUACGACAGUUCGACCCACCCCGUCGUAUACAGAAACAGCGAGUCGGCCCACUCGCCGAGACCGCGGAGCUUCGUCGAGACGCAAGUCAGCAAGCUUCAAAACCUCAUGGCGGCCGAGACGCAGCCCAAACCGGCCGCCAGGGACGACGCAGACGCGCAGCGGGCGGCUGUCAAGAUACCGCCGCCGUUCAAGAAGCCGGAAUCGCAUUUAGAGGCCGGCCGGUCCGGCAACCGGACGGGCGAGCGUGCGGGCGAGCCGGUGGGCACGCCUGCGGACAGCCUGCGCGUGUUCCGCAGCCCCGGCGUGUUCAGCGAGAGCUCGUCCCCGCGCGGCAUCUCGCCGCUCGCCAACUACAACAUCGGCAACAUGAACCCGCGCCACGUCGACAUCGAGCAGUACUGGAACCGGGAGACGCCGUCCGCCGUCAGCACCGCGAACUCGAGGAAGGAGGACUACAAUCAGAACUACUGUGAUAGAUUGAGCGCCGGGAACAGUCCUAUGACACCGAUGAAGGAGUACAACGGCAACUCACCGAGGCUGCCGAUGGACGCUAGAUAUGCGACUCCUUUACAGAUUGAAGUCGAUCCUAAUGUUUGGGAACUAAAGGAUUUUAGAGAUUCGCUUGGUUACGACGAUUACUUGGAUAUCCGGAACAACACUGGCUUCAAUAAUUUGCCAGUUGGUAACAGUAGUGGUUCAACCCCCGCGGAGGGCGCCGCGCCGCCGCCAUCCGAGCCCGAUCCUGAUCUGGACUCUAUCCACAUGAUGCUGGACCCACACUUGCGACCCAUCUCGCCGGACCUCAACAAUGAGGAGUCGAAACGCAUCUUUGAGGAACACAAACAGUUGGCCCAGGAGUACCUUAAAAUACAGACUGAACUAGCUUAUCUAAGCAAUCACAAGUCAGAGCUAGAAGACCAAAUGGACGAUGAGGAGCUCCAACAGAAGAGAGAGAUCAUACAAUUAGAGAAGGAAAAGGACUCGUUAAUCAAACUGUACUGCACAUUGAAAAAGCAGAGUCCGCGAGUCGACAACGACAGCUGGCUGCAUCCAGAGGACUUACCGCACGAGUGACGCGCGCUAGCGGCCGCUGACGUCACGCACUGCGCCGCACGCACGCACGUCGCGCGGACCUGUGUGCUGUUGCCACGUCAUUGUUUGAAUAUUAUGACACAACCGACACGUUCUCGUUGCCUUAUAUGAUCAAAAAACGCGAAUUUGUCUUUUGACCAAAACCUUCUAGUCAAGAGAAACAGGGAUGUAGAUUGUGCAUUUUUUUUAAUAAUUACAUUAAAAAUGUCCACGUUUCAAUAUUGCCAUGAUCGUAAUCAUUGAAGUCUAUGGACCUAUUCAGUAAAUAUAUCUUUAAUAAAAUGUGUAGUGCAGUGCGAAGGACUUGCUUUACGGUACAACCCGUGAAGUCUGAUUAAAAUAUUGAUCUCAAGUCACCAAACGAGCCUUCAUCAUCGCUAUUUUACAGGUUAUUUUUUAUAUUGUGUGUACGUCCUCCGAGCCUUAUAUUGGAUACAAUUUUUUAUGAACAAAUUCACUGCCUAGUUCAUAAGUUCAGAAUUUAAUUUUCCUAGUAGUGUUCUUUGGUUUUGUUGUUAAAUGUAGUGAAUACAACUUUAACAAUGUUUACUUUGAUUCGUUUUUUUUAUGUCAAUAUUAUUGUAUGACUAUAAAAGGGCGCGUUUUAGUGCCGUUUUAUUGAAAUGCAUUCUAAAUAUAAAUAUUAUUUAUUUGGAUAAUAAAGAGGAUGGUAAAGUAUUUUUUAAUAUAAACACUUGUAAAGAACUUACGUGUGUAUGCAUAUUUCAUUUAUGUAUUUAAGAUAGUAUUAGUAGGUA